UGCUCCGCCUAUUGACCUCGUGGUUUGCUUUUCAUGUGCUGCUACGUGCAGCGCAGCCGUGUCUAUCUCGGCAGCCCAACCAAGCAUACGUACAGCCAGGGCCUUAGUAAGAGGACUAGUAUUACUACGUCGUGUAUUUCCCCAAUUAUUCCCGCUCUACCAGCCGGCCACAGGAUUAUUUCCGCCAGUGGACGGAAUUACAGGCAAAGAGACAUGCUUAGGGAGACCA